GUCACACUGGCAGACUUUGGUUGGAAAGGAAAAGACCUCUCAUGGGUGAUAAGGUUAUGAUUUGGGAAUCGGCUUUUUGAACUUAGAAAAUAUUGCUGAUGUAAGGUGAUCUUUUUCACUAUUAAUCUACAAUUCACCGGUCAUGCAGCUUCAAGAAGGCUUGUUUGAAACCUAAGAUCCUGACACAGAUGUCAGCAUCGUCACUUGCAAAUUUUGUGCAAUAUGAAAGAUGCUUUCAUGGAAUGAAUCAUUUCAAGACAGUGAAAGUCGAUGAUGAAACCACACUGUGGAGUUUGAAAAGAGACGGGGCUGCUUUAAGAGAGAAACAGGAAGUUGUAACUAGAAGCCAUCUGAAUACUAAGCCAGGGCAGAAUGCUUGUGAAGUAGCAAUUUCAGUGGCAGUGUUUGUUCUGAAAUUCUCAGGCAGCCAGACUGUCUUAGGCAAACCUUGACAGUCCUUAUCCAGAUUUUCAUCUAAGGAAUCCCGAGAAGACUGGAGAAUGGAGAGAAGGUUCUUGUCAGGGAAGGAUGAGUCUCAGUUCCGACAUCAGGGAGCGGUGGAGCUGCUUGUCUUUAAUGUUUUGCUCAUUCUUACCAUUUUGACAAUCUGGUUAUUUAAAAAUCAUCGAUUUCGCUUCUUGCAUGAAACUGGAGGAGCAAUGGUGUAUGGUGAGUGCAUAAAUUGCGGGAUUGUUGAUCAGUCAGAUUCUCCUGUCCAAAAAGUCCCAAAGAGUGAAAUUUCAGAGAAUUUCAUCAGUCAGACAAACCAGUGGUUUUUGCUGAAACCCUACCAGAUGACAUUUGAUCCAGAAAUAUUCUUCAAUGUUUUACUGCCACCGAUUAUAUUUCAUGCAGGAUAUAGCCUAAAGAAGAAACACUUUUUUCAAAACUUAGGAUCUAUUUUAACGUAUGCCUUCUUGGGAACAGCCAUCUCCUGUAUUGUUAUAGGGUUAAUUAUGUAUGGUUUUGUGCAGGGUAUGAUACAUGCCGGCCAGUUGAAAAAUGGAGACUUUCAUUUCACUGACUGCUUAUUUUUUGGUUCGCUGAUGUCUGCUACAGAUCCAGUGACGGUGCUGGCCAUUUUCCAUGAACUGCACGUUGACCUCGACCUGUACACACUAUUGUUUGGGGAGAGUGUGUUGAACGAUGCGGUGGCCAUAGUCCUCACAUAUUCAAUAUCCAUAUACAGUCCCAAGGAGAAUCCAAAUGUGUUUGAUGCUGCGGCGUUCUUCCAGUCAGUGGGGAAUUUCCUGGGGAUCUUUGCUGGCUCAUUUGCAAUGGGAUCUGCAUAUGCUGUUGUCACAGCCCUCUUGACCAAAUUUACCAGGCUGUGUGAGUUCCCCAUGCUGGAAACGGGCCUGUUCUUCCUCCUGUCGUGGAGUGCCUUCCUGUCUGCUGAGGCCUCUGGCCUAACAGGGAUAGUUGCUGUACUUUUCUGCGGAGUCACCCAGGCACAUUAUACCUACAACAAUCUGUCGUCGGAUUCGAAAAUGAGGACUAAACAGUUGUUUGAAUUUAUGAACUUUUUGGCUGAGAAUGUCAUCUUCUGUUACAUGGGCCUGGCGCUGUUCACAUUCCAGAAUCACAUCUUUAAUGCUCUUUUUAUACUUGGAGCCUUUCUAGCAAUUUUUGUGGCCAGAGCCUGCAACAUAUAUCCCCUCUCCUUCUUCCUGAAUCUGGGCCGAAAACAGAAGAUCCCCUGGAACUUUCAGCACAUGAUGAUGUUUUCAGGUUUGCGAGGAGCGAUAGCGUUUGCUUUGGCGAUUCGGGACACAGACUCUCAGCCCAAACAAAUGAUGUUCACCACGACGCUGCUCAUCGUUUUCUUCACUGUCUGGGUGUUCGGAGGAGGAACGACACCCAUGCUAGCUUGGCUUCAGAUCAGAGUUGGUGUGGAUCUGGAUGAAGAUCUGAAGGAGGAGCCUUCCUCACACCAGGAAGCAAAUAGCGUGGAUAAAAGCUCGACAAAAACAGAGAGUGCUUGGCUCUUCAGAAUGUGGUACGGCUUUGACCACAAAUACCUGAAACCCAUUUUAACCCAUUCUGGGCCUCCACUGACCACCACGUUACCAGAAUGGUGCAGUCCAAUUUCCAGGCUGCUCACCAGUCCGCAGGCCUACGGGGAACAUCUAAAAGAGGACGAUGUGGAAUGCAUUGUCAAUCAGGACGAACUAGCCAUGAAUUACCAGGAGCAAGUCUCCUCACCCUGCAGUACUCCCGCAAGGCUGGGGCUGGACUCCAACGCUUCACCCCAGACUCCGAGCAAGGAAAACAUUUACGAGGGGGACCUCGGCCUGGGAGGCUACGAACUCAAACUUGAGCAAACUCCGGGUCAAUCCCAGCUGAAUUAAUUGGCCUGAGCAGUGCGAAUGUAAUCACAAGUAACGCAAGGCUCACCGAAGGAGGAACCCAAGCCAAGCUGAUGAGGCAAUGGAGGGGAGAGGCUGGAAAAGGUCUGAAGAGCAUAGACUGGAAAGAAUCAAAACCUUGUCACAUGUAAAUCCUCUGGUGCCUGGAGAAAUGGGAGUUUACGGUCAUCCCUCUAUAUUAUGCAACUUUUGACAGCAGCCAUUUUUAUUAAUGAAUUGGGUAGGACAGAGAGGGGACAGGGUCUGGAGUCUAGCUGGUAUAAGAACAAAACUGAUACUUUUGUGCCUGCAGGCUGUUCCUUCUCUGUGCCCAUCUACCCACGCCCUUCAGUUAGAUUAUGAAUUUUAAUCCCUUCAUUAACCAAAACAAAACCCAUUGCCCUCAAGUCAAUUCCGACUAAUUUUGACCCUAUAGGACAGAGUAGAACUGCCCCGUAGGGUUUCCAAGGCUGUAAUCUU